AUGAUGAAAAAUAAUGACGGGGAAGUGUUUUGGGCUUGCACCAAGGCUUGUUACUUGGCCAUUCAGAGCUCAAAGGCAUCAUCCCGGGUCCCUUGGGAUAAAGAUGGCCCAAAUGGCCCGACUGAUCCAGUCAAUUCGGAAACUAUCCUCCUAGAGUGGCUCCUUACAGCCAACAACUACAGCAAUUACCGCGGUGGUAACGGUAGCAGAGGCACCUCAAAGACACAGUACUCCCACCAGAUCUCAAACCUGCUUAAAACAAAAGGAAUCAAUAUUGAAAGAACUGCUGAACAGGUUAGAGACAAGAUUGGAGGAAUUGAACGAGCCUAUAAGGUUGCACGGGAUUUCAUGUACACAGAAACUGGCGUUGGCCUGUUGGCAACGGAUGAAGGCAGCUUCCAAGACCUAGUAAGGAAAAGGUGCAAGAACUUUUUCGAACUAGAACCUAUUUUCACUGACCGUGUUGGCAUUUCACCUGAGACAAACGAAGAGAUGCCGAAUGAUGGCUUCGGUGAUGUGGGAAAUGAUUUGGCAGACAGUGACGAUGAUUCUUUGCUUGAUGUUAUUGGUAUGGUUGGUGGAAAGAGUAAUCCAGUAGCAGAAAACAACAUGGAAAGUCCAAGUGCUUCGACCGCAACUCGGGUGACCACUCCAAGUAGUACAUCAACUUCCGUUGACCAAAGAACUCCAAGGCCAUCGCCAACACUGGCAACACCCACCCCACCAGGUAAGAGAGCCCCCCCUCCUGUUAUUUUAAAACAAAAGAGCCCAAAUGCUUCAAAGAAAAAGCAAACACCUGGUGAUCCGGUCAUCAUUUCUGCAAGAAAACGUAUCAAAGAGGAGACCAUGGAAUCCUUUCUUCGUACAUCACAGAGUCAGCUGGAUGAGGAAGGGAGUAAAAAGCAAAAGCGACAUGAAGAGAAUGUUGGGCUGAAGAAGGAGGAGAUCUCACAACGGGAGAAGCACUUCCGUAUGCGAUUUGAAGAGGAACAAAAGGUAUUCAAACGUCAGGCCAUUGCAGAAGAGGCAAGCUUCAGGAAGGCUUGUCUCGCCGAGCUCCAUGGCCUCUUAGCUGAGAACAAAAGCGACAGAUACAUCCACUUGAUGCAUCCACAUCUUGUGGAUAUUCUAAAGCAGUUCCGGGAGUUGGAAGAAGAUGGAGAAGUCUAA